GUACAAAUUACAUAUUUGAAAUGUUUGGCUAUUUUCACUGGCUCAUCGAGAUGUAGAAUUUUUAUUCAAUGAAGCCAAUCUCAUACGUACAAGCUAACUCACAGACCAUAAAGUCACCUGACAAGUACCAAGGAUGGUUAAAAAAACUUGGUGGAAAACUAAAGAUUUGGAAAGAAAGAUAUUAUGUUUUAACAGAUACACAUCUUUACUAUUAUACUGGAACUGACCGAAAAAAACUUCUGGGUGAAUUUUGCUUAGAUUUCGCACAAAUAGAAUCCGAUACUGGUGAUUUAGAAUAUAAUGGUGAUAAAUCAUGCUUAUUACUACUUAAAAUUAACGGUUCUUCGUCACUACAAAACAAUUCUCAUCAUAAUGAUCAUUCACAACAACAACACCAAAAUCAAUACCAACAGAUUAUACUUUGUGCCCCUAAUCCACGUGAAAGAAAGUUAUGGUUAAGAGCAAUACGAAAAGUCUUAUACCUACAUUACGGUGGUGCUUUGUUCGGGACACAUUUGGAUGAAGUAUUUCCUUAUACAAGAAGUGAUAACCAAUUUCUACCUCGAAUAGUAUAUGAAACUGUACAAUUUAUUCGAGAGAAUGGAUUAGAUGCAGAAGGAAUUUUCAGAAAAUGUGGAAAACAGAAUUCAAUUCAAUCAUUAGCUGAUUUAUAUGAUUUAGCAUGUCCAGGACCAAUUCUUAUUCCUAAUGAACAUGAUGUUCAUCUUGUUUCAGGAUUAUUAAAAUAUUAUUUAAGAGAGUUACCUGAACCAGUUAUACCAUAUAAAUAUUAUGAUAAAUUAAAAGCUGCUGGCUAUCGUAUAGCUGAUGGUAAAGAAUUAUCUGAUUUUAUUAAUUUAUUUGACAAUUUACCAUCACCUAACUACAAUCUACUCAAAUAUUUGUGUGAAUUUCUUUAUGAGGUAUCUGAACAUGAAAAACAAAAUCGAAUGUCUGUAGCUAGUUUGGCUAGCAUGUUUGCACCAAAUUUUUUGCGUCAACAAGAUGAAGAUCCAUAUAUUGAAAUGUCAGCAUCACAACUCAUCAAUCAUACAGUGACUGAAUUUAUAAAAGCAUAUCAAGUUUUAUUUCCCCAUGAAUUAAAAUCACCUAAUUGGGAUAAGCUAAACAUAAAUAAUCAUAAUAUACAUGUAUUACACAAUCAUAAAGAUUUAAAUACAUUACCAGUGGACUUUAAAAGAAUACAAACUCAAAUGAAUUCCUCCGUGUCUAGAUGUAAAACCACAAAUGAUCGUGAUACAUUGAUGGGAAGAAGUCAGGAUUCAUUUACAGAGUCUGUUAUUUAUGAAAGCCCGAAAAAUUCCCCUUAUCACUCAUUAGUAAAUUCCAGUAACAAUAAUGGUAACAUUAAUCAUUAUCAUCAUCAUGAGAAUGGUAGAAAUCAUCGUGCUACUACAACAACAGUAACUACUACUAUUUUUAAUAAUAAUAACAAUAAACAACAUAAUAAUGUCAUUACCAAUCCUAUUGAUCAUAUACAUCAGUAUAAUUAUAAUUCUGUUUUAUCAAAUAAUGCCAAAAGUUCACAUGACUAUCAUACUAAUAACAUUUAUAUGAGAUCACCCAUACGCGAUCAUAUGGACAAUAAUCAUCAACCAGCUACAAGUGAUAAAAAUAAUGAUAUUAAUAAUAGUAAUAAUAAUGAACAGAAAGAAUCCAGACUUCAUCUUCGUAAACUUCAUACAGAAAGUGGUGAAUAUGAAUUAGGCUCACUUGCUGAUGGUGUUUCAGAAGAAAAUUUACAUUCUAUUAGUUAUAAAACAGAUUCCACAGAACAUACAACUAUUAAUGUUUAUGAAAAAGAGGAAGAACAACGCUUGAAUAAUGUCGGUCAAAUCAAAUCAAACAAAAAUACCAUGAAAUCAAUUCGAAAAUGUUUCAAUAGUUUACCAGAACAUCGACAUGGUUUAGAUUUAACAAAAAAGUCAGUUAAAACGCGUCCAGAAAUUCCACUUCAAUGGUCAUCAUUCCAUAAUGAUCAAAAAUCAUCUCUUGAAAAGAGUGUCACUCCUACUAAUACUACUACUGCUAUACAUCAAACUGAAUCGAAUGAAGCUCGUAUUUCAUUUAAUUUAGAUGAUUUGUCGAAAAUAUAUUUGAACAGUCAGAAAUUGGCCAAUAUACAAACACCACUAAGUAACACUACUGUCACGAAUACCACUUCUACUACCAUCACUGAUAAUAAUGAUAAUAAUGGAAUAACGAAAGCUACUAAUGGUAAAAUGUCAAAAGAUUCAUUUUUAAAUGGUCAUAAUAAAACUGAUAUGAAUAACUAUGAUACAUUAAAGAAAAGAGUAUCUCUUAAAGAAUUUAUUGACCGUAAAAGUUCUAGUAAAAUUACACAAUCUGAAUCAUUCAAUUCCCAUAGUCCAAUGGAACAAAUUCGUUAUUGGCGUUCAAUUGCAGCAGUAGCUCAAGCUAAUGCAGCAGGUCAAUUAGCUAAAACUGAGAAAUUAACUCAAGAAUUAGCUAGAUUACGUUGGGACUUGAGUAUAUCACAUAUGGAAAAUAAUUUAUUACGUCAAAAUUUAGCAUCUGUUCAAGCGGAAUUAAAUCAUGUUCGUCAAAUUCCUAAAGAUAUUACAAAUUAUGCACAACAUAAUGAAAGUAUACAUCCAGCAUUAUUUCCUUAACUCACAUGAUAAUUGAUAUGGUAGAAUAUGAAGGGAGGGGGAAACAACCUUCUCGUAUCUUUCACAAUACUGUUAAUCUCUAUACAAAAUACUAACUUAAAUUCACACCUACAUGUAUGUGUAUGUACUUACAAUGUUCUUAUUUUUCUUUAAGAAAGCACAUUGAGAAUGAGAGCAAUAAUGUUAGCAUCAUUGGUAUCAUUUAUUAUUCUCCUGUUGUUAAUUAUUCAUUGCUAAAUAAAGAAGUUACUACCUUAAAUUUUUUUAAAAAUAAAGUAAUCAACGUGACAUUUUUAUUUUUCUUUCUGUAAACUAUAUAGAUUAACUUUCUGGUUGAUUCUUUACCCUCAAAAUAAAAUAAUAAAAAAAUACAUGACGUAACUGUAAAAAACAAACUGAGCUACAUUUAUGUUUUUUUUAUUGGAAUAGAAUAGAUACAGUUAAAUAGUGAAGAAAGAUAAAUACAUUCAUUAUUAAAACAAAUUAAUUAAUACUGUAAAUUAUGUUACACUGACUGUAUAUUAUAUCCUCUUUUUCAUUUAUUCAUAACAAUAAAAUUCAUAAAUGAAUACUGCAAUAGUAAUGUUGAUAAUUAUAAUAAUAAUAAAGAAUAAUUAAAAAGAAGGAUGAAUCUAAUUCUUUCUUCUAUAUAUAUGAAUUUAUUUAAACAAGUUAUAAUUCAUUAAUUAUUUGUAACUAUGAAGUUAUCUAAUCAAAUAAAAGAUUCAUUACGGUUUA